AUGAAGAGGACUCACGAUUUCAUGAACGUCAACUCUUUCUCUCCAAAGGAAAGACCCAUUCGCCUCUUUGGCUUCGAGUUUGGAGCUUCUCAUGAAGAAUCCGAGCCCAAAGACAGUAACUGCAACGAGAAUAGUGAAAGCGUCAAAGACAAUACCAAAGAAAAAAGAUUCAAGUGCCACUAUUGUUUCCGGAACUUCCCUACCUCACAAGCCCUAGGUGGCCAUCAAAACGCACACAAAAGAGAACGUCAACAAACCAAACGCUUCAACCUCCAUUCAAACGCAGCCGCUUUAUUCCACCGCCACCAAGCGCAUUCUAGGUUAUCCGAAGAACACUUUAGCGUUGAAGCUGCUCACAUCAACGACGCCAGAUUAGGGUUAUUGCGUAUGUAUAACUCAUCAGCAAGGUUUAAUCGUGACGGUACAUUGUCUUACAAUAAAUAUAUGCCUUUGUUCAUCGACGAUAACCAGAUCACUAGGCCGACGACGUAUGUUGGUGGUAGUAGCAGCAGGCGUAGUCUGUUUUACGAGUCCAAGACGAAUGUACCAGACCACGUGAGUUUGGAUCUACGCCUCUAGGUCUUUUCUUUAAUGUCUGAUCUAGCUUUUGUUUUGUUUUUGUUUUGUUUGUUUUCGUUUUCUAAUAGCUUUCUAUUUACGUAAUGGUAGUUAA